GACACGGCGGGGGAGUCCGAUGCUCAGGAUGGCGCCGCCGUGGGGUCCACGGAGAGCGGGUCGGCCUCGGCGAUGGAGGGCAGGCCGGUCGCCGAGCUCAUGCAGCAGGCGCUGGGGGAGAAGGCGGAGCAGGAGUCCGGUGGUAAGUGUGCGAAGUUGGUGAAGGUGCUGGCGAUCCUCGCGAGCGAGGUGGCGCAGCUCAAGGCCCAGCUCGCGAUGGCGAUCAAGGAUGAGUGCGGGGAGAAGGUGCUGGAAGGUAUCGACAACCCCGUCAGGGAGAAGGUGAAGGCCGUAAUCGGGGAGGUCGUGCAGGAAGGCAUCGGCAACCCCAUCACGAUGAAGGUGAAAAGCGACCCGCCCAAGAGGUGCAGGACGCUCAAGGAGCCGCACUUCGAGGGUGGCGACAAGGAUAAUAUCGCGAGCCUAGCAGAGCCCCACGCGUUCGAGGGCAAGCAGCAGGAGCGCGAGGUCGCGCGGGCGAUGAAGGCGGAUAUCGGGGAGGUGGCGCAGGGUGGUACCAACAACCCCGUCACGAUGAAGGUGAAGAGCGAGACGCCCGCGAAGUGCAGGAUGCCCAAGGAGCCGCACUUCGAGGAUGGUAACAUGGAGGAUAUCGAUAACCUCAAAAGGUCCCACGAGCUCGACGGCAAGCAGCAUGAGCUCGGGGGCAUCGUCGCGAUGGCCGAGGGCGUCCCGCAGGAUUCGGAGCGGCAGGACAAGUUCGACGGCGGCGAAAAGGCCAAUAUCGAGGAUGGCGCGAAGGUGUUGGUGGGCGGCGCGGCGACUCUCUGCGAGGAGCGCGAGGCCAAGCAGAAGGAGCAGGAAGGCGCCGUCAAACACUUCACGAUUUCGAAGGGCUCGGUCGACUCGACGGCGCUGGCCGACGCGGCUCCGCUUGGCACGACGGUCCAGCGCGCGGUGGCGCUGCCCCUGGCCCGUGCUCGGCCGUCGGCCGCUGAGGCCGCCACCGCGCAGGCCUAUGGGAAGGCGCUGCGCAGGCAGGCGGCGCUCGUGGAGCCGGCCGAGGCCGAAGCCGAGGCCGCGCGGCGGGCACUGGAGCGGCGCCGGGCGGAGCGGCGGCGCUGCCGUGCUGCUGCGGAUGCGGCGGAGGCCCGGCUGACCAAGCUCGAGGCCACCCGCAGGAAGCAGGCGAGCCGAGGCCGCGGCCCUCGGAAGAUCGAGUUUGCUCUCCUCGGCUGCCUCCGUGCAGGCUAG